CCGCUGAAGGGAAAUUAGAAAGCUAGUCUCAUUUGUUGUUAGCAAAAUACACUGACUUCCAUUGUUAGGCUAGCGCGCUAGUCAGCCCAAGGUAUCUUGGCUAGCUGUGAGCAAGAUAUGUAUUUAUAUACCUACCGUCAGAAAUCCAAAUGGCAGAAACGGGAGAAAGUAAAAAGGAGGAUGCAGACUACAAGAGACUACACAGCUUCCCUCUUAUUAGGCACACAGACAUGCCAGAGGAGAUGAGAGUCGAAACUAUGGAGCUAUGUGUCACAGCCUGUGAAAAGUUUGCCACCAAUAAUGAGAGUGCAGCUAAGAUGAUAAAGGAGUCCAUGGAUAAGAAGUUCGGGAGUUCCUGGCAUGUGGUAAUCGGCGAGGGUUUUGGAUUUGAGGUGACUCAUGAAGUAAAGAAUCUGUUGUACAUGUUCUUCGGUGGCAGCCUGGCAGUGUGUGUUUGGAAAUGCUCCUGAUCUCAGACCAGCCUCUUUCCUGUUCAUCCACACACUACCUACUUUUAUAUAUUUAUAUACAUGUAUUUACAAUACUGUUUCAGCUAUGCAGAUCUUUUUCUACUUGACCUUUGUGUGCAUGUGUGUUCAUGUAAGUUUGUAUGUCUGAGAGAAAACCUGACAGUAUAGGCCAUUUAUAGCUCACCUUCUAUACUUUUUUUUUUUUUUUUCUUCGCUGUUUUGCUUUGAAUGCAGAGAAUCAAGUGGAGUUGAGAGAUAAAAUUUUUCCUUAGCCUCCACCUCCAGUAUUGACUAAUAGCUACUACUAAUAGUCUCAGUGAAUGAUAUGGACUGCUAUAUGCCAGGGUGAUAAAAAAAUAAAUAAAUAAAAUGAUGACACUGGCAGUGAGAAUUCAGUUUACGUCUAGUGGACAGAUUUACAUAACAUUUUGUUGGUCUGUGUCCUGCUAGGUAGCACUGCUGUAGUAUUUGCACCCAGUGUGAUUUUUAAAGUGCAGUUUGUAAUGUGUAAAUGUAUCUCGACCUGUAAUAAUCACGUAAUUUCAGAAAUACCUUAGAAAAACUGUGAUUUGCAGUAUUGGCAUGAAGUGGAUCGGUUCGUGUCUUUAUCUCAGGCUUCCGUUUACACUUUUCUGGCCUGGAAAUAUGUUCCACCCCCAGCCAGAUAAGAGCUGCUCAGGUCUGCCCUCAUUUUAUGCCUUACGAGGCAGCAGAGGGCUCUAAAAAUUACAAACUGCUCCUUUAAGAAUAUAUGUUCUGUGUGUUGAUGGGUGAGAGAGGUGUGUUUGAUGUCUUCAUGUAACUCCCCAUCAGAUAUCUAAAGAAAAUCACGUUCAGUAAUACUUCUUCCUUUCCUCCUUCAGAUUGCUUGUCAUGCAAUCAGUUUCAAAGAGCUUCCUCUAUUUUCUUGAUUUUCUUUUUUUCACCCUUAUCUCUCUCUUUUUUUUCUUACUAAACCAGCAUUUCUAUCAAGUCUGUCCUGUCUGUUAACUUGAAUACAAGUGUAAAUCUUUUUAAAUAAAUAAAAAAUGUCAAUAGAUA